UUCUGGAGAGGUCACAGUAUGCCAGCGAUGAUCCGUUCUUCAAACACAAGUGCCGGUUCUGCCACAAGGUAUUCGGUAGCGACAGCGCUCUGCAGAUCCACGUUCGCUCACAUACAGGCGAACGUCCAUUCAAGUGUAACAUUUGUGGCAAUCGCUUCUCCACCAAAGGAAAUUUGAAGGUCCAUUUUGAGCGGCACAAAGCAAAGUAUCCCCACAUCAAGAUGGACGCCACCCCAGUACCGGAACACCUGGACAGGCAACCGAAUUUGAUGCCUAAUUUCCCACCCACAUCCAUUCCGCCUUCUAUACCUUUACCCCCACCAAUGCCACGCUUGUCCAAUCCACCGAUGCAUCACGGACCAAUAUCCUCGCCCAGUCCCUCCCCUCAUGUCCACGUAUCACACCCAUCCCCAUUUCCUGUUGGAUUUGGAGGCACGUUUCUUUCCUCAGUGGGACCAGGUCUAUCACCCUUUGGGUUAAUGCCUCCACCACGAGAGAAUCCAAUGCCGUUUCCAUUGUCACUCACAUUAUCCUUGCCCACAUCUUUGGGCAUGCCGCUUUCCCUAGGAAGAGACAGCUUAUCUCGCAGGGAAUCCCCAACGAAGCUGAGCACUGGGUCCAUUGAAACGAGUGUCAUACGAUCUCCGCGAAAGGAAAGUCCUAUCAGCAGCAUUCGUGACCUCUCUCCAUCAGAGAUUCGGCGGCCUAUUGCACAUCAGUAUCACAACCACAUUCCUCAUCAUUACAUCUCUCAUCAUUUUGAUCCUUACCGUAAGAGUCACAGCGUGAUGUCAGAUGAUGGCAAACACGAGGAAGUUCGAGAAGAAUCCGAAAAAGAAACAGAGGACAGAGAUAUUGAAAGCAGACGGUCGCGAAGCCGGCACGAAUCCGCGGACAGCAGAGGUUCAUCGCCAUUGGUACAGAAGUCUGUAACCACAACGGUCACAACAUCAUCUACAAUGUCUAGCCCACCACCACCACCACUGCUGUCUCGACCUUCAUCGUCUCAUAGCCCGCGCAGAUCACCAGCAUCUGUUAUCAGCUGGGCGUCACUGGCUUCUUCACAGGCGCCAUUGCUUCCUAGUCACCACCCAACACUAUUCCCCCAUCACCAUCUCCCUCCGGGAUUUCCAGGGUUAGGCCUACCGUUGCCAGGUAAUCCUCCUCAUUUCCCUCUUCCACCUCACUUGAACUCAGUUUUAUCCAUGCCCGGUCCACGGCUAAACGGUCAUUCUCCAUUUCUGCCGCCACCUCCUCCUCUUCCACCUCACAUCUCCCCUCCUCCGGGAGAAAGUUCCAUGUUCAGGAACUCAAUAUUGCCAACCAAGACUAUUGAUCCAUCCGAGAACUUAGAACAGUAUAUGGAGGUUCAAAAAUCAGAAACAUCCAAACUGGAAGCUCUUGUAAAGAAUAUUGAACAAAAAAUCACUGAUCCCAACCAGUGCGUUGUCUGUCAUAGGGUUCUCAGCUGUAAAUCCGCUUUACAGAUGCAUUACCGAAUACAUACUGGAGAAAGGCCUUUUAAAUGUAAAAUCUGUGGAAGAUCUUUCACCACAAAAGGCAAUUUGAAAACCCACAUGGGAGUCCAUCGGGCCAAGCCAGCUUUACGAAUGAUGCAUCAAUGCCCAGUAUGUCAUAAACAAUUUACCAAUGUCCUGGUGUUGCAGCAACACAUUCGUGCUCAUACAGGCUCCAUGCAACACUUAUCACAUGUGCCGCUUCUACCUUCCCAUAUGGACUGGACUCAUCGGCCACCCUUUGGUUUGAACCGUCAUCAUCCCUAUCUUCCUCCAUUACACCACGAUUCGCAUUCGUUAGACCUCUCUGGCAUGUCACCGUUCUCCAACCAUCUACAUAGGGAAAGAUCGUACAGUGCCAGUGACCAUCACAAAUCCUUGAGCGAAGAGCGAAGGAGUCCUGUUGUAAAGGAAAACGAUAGAUCUUUAGACCAGAGCACCGAAAGAGACCAAGAAAGACACUCUGAUGACGAAGAUUCUAAAGACGACACACCAAGACCACAUUCUCGAAAUAGCGAAGACAGUCGCGGCAAAUCUCCAGGUGAAACUUGCUUGGCUGAACCAUCUCAGGAAGAAACGUUCCACGGUAAAUUAACUUUGGCAAAACCUGAAUUCGAAUCAGCAUUUCUACCACCAGCUUUUGGUAAUACGCCAUUUGACGCUCCAUUGGCGGCACUUGAAGAGAGAGUCAAGGCAAUUGACAGUCAGUUAUCAAAGACGUCCUUUGAGAAGUUCCGCAACAGUAUGGGUCUAGACUCCGCUUUCUUCCCAAACUCGUCUAAUCUGUCAAAUGCCGAGAAGAACUCUGAAUAUGGAUCCGAACCUGCAAGCAAAUCGGAGAGCCCCUCUUCAGGAGGUGAAAUGCCAUCCUAUGGAUUUUCAGUGCUUGGCAGCUUUGAUCGAAAUGCAACAACAUGUAACAUUUGUCUGAAAACCUUCGCUUGUAAGAGUGCUUUAGACGUACAUUAUCGUAGUCACACAAAAUUAAAGCCAUAUCACUGUGACGUUUGUGAAAGAAGGUUUAGCACAAGAGGCAAUCUAAAACAGCAUUUAUUAACCCAUAAGAUUCGGGAUAUUCCAAGCUCAGCUUUCGACGACGUCAACGGUGACCAUAACAGUGAUGAUGAUCAUGAGGAUGAUGAUGAUGAUCUUCCAGGCAAAGAUAGUACUGAAGGUGAUGACGAUGACAUGAAUGACCUUCCCAACGAAGACUAUCCGUUUGAAGAUGACGAAGGUUUAGAUGAUGAUGGCGUCGAUCCGGAUUUGGAGCAGGACGAAGAUACUGAUAAUCCAAUAGAUGAUUUUAAUGACCUGGUGCAAUCAGAAGAGGUUUUGUCACCCUCAAAGAGUACGGAUGAAUUUCAAGAAGACAACAACAAUAUCUCAAGCUUCCAAAACCACAACGGAGAUAACCCACAGGAAUCAUGCAACGAUUCGUCAGCAGCGGAUACCGUUUCCUCAAAUUCCAGCCGCCAGCCAGACAUUCAGGCAAACCUCGCCAAAAAUACCUCAUCAACGUCUUCUUCUACUCAAGCCCAGAAAGUACCCAAAUCAAACUCUAAUACUCAAGACAGCAGCAGGCAAACAAACAAUUCAGGCCAAAAGUCGCACGCAAGUGAGUCUUCUGGAUCCUCUUCCAAUAGCCACAGUGCAGCCAGCUCGUCACUCAGGCGACACAGCGGCCCUAAGCAUCAAUGCAUGACAUGUAUGAAACCUUUUUCUUCGGCAAGUGCUUUGCAGAUUCACACUAGAACUCACACAGGAGAUAAACCUUUUAAAUGUAAUCUCAAAGUUCACAUGGGCACCCAUAUGUGGAAUAACAGUCCCUCAAGGCGUGGACGAAGGAUGUCUAUAGAACCCCCUUUUCUACUUUCCCAUAUGAAGGAUACACCUUUUAUGCCAACGGGGUUCCCUCCAAGACCCCCACUGGACUUCUUUUACCAAUAUCCAUUGCCAAUGAUGAAUGGACCAGAUUCAAAAAUGAGUGAGAUAUCGGCUAUUCAGAAUUUGGGAGGUUCGAUUCAUUCACUUCCUCCUAUUCCAGCUCACCUAAUGCACGGGUUUCUACCUUCAGAAGGCUUCAAGGCAAACAAAGACUCUAGAACUACCUCAGAAUCUGGCGAGCCACGUGAUCACUCAGAUAAGAAGCCGUCUACUAGUGAGUUGAACUUAAGUGUCAAGUUGUCGUCAGUUUCUGACGCUUCACCUUCCAGAUCAACCUCAUCAACGUCCUCAUCGUCAUUGUCGUUGUCAGUCCACCCACCCACAUCGACCUUGUCUGUGACAGCAACUAGUACUCCAUCUCCCAGCAACAACAAGGAAAACAGUAGCACGGCAGCUUUAGAUCUUCGCAACAUGAGAGCAGCACCGUGGUUAUGGGGUAGCUUCCCUUGCCAUCACUGUGGCCAGAUGUUCCCAAUACAGGACUCGCUUGAGCAUCAUCUGAGGACACACCACUUACGAAAGACUGAGUCUCCAUCCCACACACUGUCCAAAACAGAAGCUCAUCCAGCACUUCCUCCAAAAGCUUUGCUGGCAUGA